AUUUCUUUAUAUUUUUUAUAAGAAUCUUUAAGUAACUUUAAGAAAUGAGGAAUUCUUUACAACAAAUCUACAAUAAUUUAUAUAAAACAAAUAGAAACUUAAUAUAUACAAGAUAUUUUACAUUUCUAUCAGGAGACUACUUAAAAGAACAUCUUAGAAAAUCUAUACAAAACAAAAAAUCUAAUUUUUAUAUACAAAUUGCAAAUAUAACAUCUAAAUCUAAUGAAUCUUUAUCAAAUGAGCCAAAAAUCAUAUCAUUACAGCAAGGCUCUGAUAUAUUUGAAAUAAAAGACGAGAAUAAUGAGAAAAAAUAUCCACGUCUAACAUAUUUUUCACCAAAGCUUGGUGUUAAUAAGGCAUAUGAUGAAGCUUUAAAGGUGAUUGAAGCAGAUCGUUUAGAAAAACAGGAAAAAAUCAAGAAAAUCAAGUUAAGAAUAGAAAGAAUUCUAAAAAACAAAGAGUCUAUUACAAAAGAUACAGAAGCACUGAUUACAAAUUUAAAAAAAUAUUUGAAUAAGCUUGAAAUACUAGCAGACAUUAAUAAUCCAGAAAUAAGAUGGAGAUUUAAACAUAAUGAUGUGGAUAUGACUAUUCCUGUUUAUCGCUAUUUAGCAAAGCAAAAAUGGAUGGAAAGGCCGUAUCGUCUUUUAAUGCAACGUGUAGAACAGAUGUAUGUUAUACCAGAUGCGUAUGAGCGAUUUAAGCCUACAGUAGAGGUUGUUCUUCGAUUUGGAAAGGAAGAGCUUGAACCAGGAAAAUUUGUUUCUAAUAAUAUAUCAGCAUCAGCUCCUGUUAUAGAGAUUAACUCUUUUUCAGGAGAAAAAAAACUUUACACAAUAAUUUUAUUUGAUUUAGAUUCUCCAGAUUUAGAAAAUGAUUCUUUUAAAAUAUAUCUUCACUGGCUUAUUUCUAAUAUUCCAAUUUUGCCUACAAAUGCAUUGGUACAGCCUUCCAAAGGAACUAUCUUAGCUUCUUAUAUUCCGCCACAUCCACAAAAAGGUAGUCCAUAUCAUCGUUAUACAUUGCUUGUAUUUGAACAAGUUAAAGAAAUUUCAAAUAUUUCAAAUGAUUGUAAUAUUACAAGAAAUCAUUUUAACGUUAAUCAAUUCGCAUCUUUAAAUAACUUAAAAAUUGUUGGGAUUCAUUUUUGGCGUGGUGUUUGGGAUGAGCAUGUAGACAAAGUUAUGUCAGACGCACAAUUACCACAAUAUAAAACAAUUCUUAAAAGGGCAUAAUUUUUUUCAAAAAUAUAUUGUUAAAUAACCGCCAUCUAUCUAUUU